AUGGGAAACCACUCAUCCUCCCACGUUGCUCACAAGUCUAGGAAGAACGUUCACUGGAAGUCUGCAGGACGACCAGGGGUACCGGGUAAGCCAGAAAUUAUUCCAUUUCUCUCCGAUGAAGAACCCAACGCUAUUACUCUUAAAUGGAACCCACCGAGCCACGAUGGCGGGGCACCUCUACGAGGUUACCAGGUAGAAUGUAACCGUUUAGGAUCACCGGAUUGGGUACGAACUGCUCCACCAGUGGUAUGGCGACCGGAAUUACUCCUCAGCGGCCUCGAACCACCUCACCGUUAUCAAUUUCGUGUAACAGCAAUCAAUGCCGUGGGUCGCUCUGAUUACAGCGAGUUAUCUGACAUCCUUACUGUCAAUGCAAACCGCACAUCACAAGAACCACCAUUAUUCCUACAACAUCUAGAAAAUGUCACUGCUCUUGAAAAUGACAAGACAGAAUUUCGUGUUUCAUUUACGGGUGUUCCUGUACCGACGAUAGCAUGGUUUAAGGAUGACUAUGAAAUAUUCAGCAGUAGGCGGACUGCAAUAUCAACCACAGAUUCAACAAGUAUCCUUAUUUUUCAUCAAACAAUUGCUAGCGAUGAGGGCGAAAUCAAAUGUACGGCAACUAACCGAGCCGGCCAUGCUGUGAGUAAAGGCAGGUUAUCAUUAGAAGCCGCUCCUAAAUUGCGAUAUCCUCGACAGUACGAAGACGGACUCUUAUACGAAAUAAACGAAACAGUUUUCUUGAAAACGACAAUAGUAGGAAAACCAACUCCUGUUGUAGAGUGGCGACAUGAUGGGCAACCUAUAAGUGUAAAUGAACGUAUACAAAUAACAACCACAUCAAAGUUUUCUAUGUUAAAAAUAUUAUCAGCUAGACGAAGUGACCGUGGUGAGUACCAAGUCCAUGCAAAGAAUAAUAUAGGAGAAGAUACAGCAGCCUUCUUGGUGACGAUAACCGCACCUCCAGAUCCGCCACGAAAUGUAUCGGUGGCCCGGCAGGUAGAUAAGUCGGUAACUUUAAAUUGGGAACCGCCUGAAGAUGAUGGAGGUUGUCGUAUCGGUAACUACGUAGUUGAGUAUUACCGCAGUGGUUGGAAUGUGUGGUUAAAAGCAGUUACAAGUCGUAAAACGAGCAUCACGCUUUUCGAUCUUAUUGAAGGCAGCGAAUAUCGAUUCCGUGUCAAAGCAGAAAGCCCAUACGGAAUGAGCGCUCCUAGUGUUGAAUCUACGCCAGUUAAAAUACCAGGGCGGCCUGUGGAUAUGGAAUUUUUGGCGGUAGAGUCUAAAAUAAUAAACGAGGUGAUGAUAAAAGAAGAAGGAGAAGCGAUGCCAAUCUCUCCAACUCCAAGACGGAAACGAUUGUCCGCGCCGGCUGAUUCAACACCAUUAAAUGAACCCUCGCCCGUACCGCUAAGGAAAAAACCUGCACCUUCCAAAUCCGAUGCUACGAGCAACGAGUUUAUGUUAGUGCUUUACCCGGAUGCUAAAUCAGAUGACAAAACUGAAAAACGGAAAUCGUUUCAGCUGGAUUUAGAAGACGCGUUAUCACCCCCACCUAUUUCGUUAUCAGCACCUGAGUUAAGUUCUAGAUCUACGUUGCCUUUCAAAACUCUACGAAACGCUGUCAGUUCCACAGAGCUUUUACACGAACGAGCAAUGGCUCGCUUCUACAAAGCCGUCGCCAUGAAAGAAGAACAAAGUAAGCAAAAGCAAAAUAACAUUCCCAGUAAUGGCUUUGAAAACAACAAUGCUGUCAACGGUCAUACUUCGAAGCAUAAACAUGAUAUAGUUAAAAAAGCACUCUCUGCAGAUAUGUCUAUUAAAAGUGACAGUGUAGAAGAAAAAGAACUUCAAAAUUCAAAGUUUCAAAUCCGUCAAGAUUCUAUAAACUCUGAAAAAUGGCAACAGAUGUCCUUUGAUGAAGACUACACAGCUAGUACAGUUUCCACCGAUGGCGAUUAUUCGGAAGAUGAAGACGUUAGCCUUACCGAAGAGAUCCAAAGAGAAAGCCAAUUACUAGAAGAGGAGGCCACCUAUAACCCUAGAAACAAAAAUAUCCAUAAUAAAUCUCUGUCAAAAGAAUCUUUAGAGGAAGAAGACAACAAUGACGAGCAUAUUCCACUUUCACCAUUACCAGAUCCCAAUUUUGUACCAAAACCUAUUUUAAAGAAACGAGAAAAUACAAAACCAAUCAAUUUUACAUCAAUAGAAACAAAAAGUGAUUUAAAAGAAGGUAACGAAAUAUUAACAAAAACUCAAAAGGAAAACAAGAGAACAUUAUUUCAAAAAUUUACCAAGCAAAAACCAUUUCAUUUUCCUAAAAUUCUUAACAAGAAAGACACAAGUAUAUCACAUGAAACAAUACAGACGAACAAAGAAAAGCCUAUUAAUAAAGUAGAAGCCUUAGAUGACAAAUUUGGCGAUGAAGGAAAAACUGUCAUUGAUUACUAUGGCAAUAUUGUAAAAGAGUACGGAAGUGUUAAGAAGUCCAAUACCCCUCUUUACCUAAAUACAGAAGAACUUAAACAUGUUGCAGAACAGCAACACAAAAAUGAUAUCCAAUCAUCCAACGUUUCAGAGCACAAAGAUAUAGUUUUUGAGCCAGCUCAAGAUAAAAAAGUGAAAACAUCAAAAACUAAACCAAAACUAAGGACCAAACCAUUAAACAAAAGUUCAAAAAAAGAAAAUUUGGAAAAACAAACGGAAAUAACUGAAAACAAAGUACAUCUGUCAAAAGCUCAAAAUUCUAAUCAAAAAUCUGAAAUCACAAAUGUUGUGCUUAAAACAACUGAAAGAGCUACAAUCGUCAUACCGAUAGAUUAUAGGAAGCUAGAAGAGAGAGCUAAAGUAACCGUUAGAUCAGCAAUCGACUACACAGUAGAUGUGUGCUUGUUGUUGUUGGCUUUUUGGCUUUAUAUUUUUAAAGACGAAAGAUUAGCUAUACCAAUUUUAAUACUCAUUAUAUAUCGGCAAUUACAAGAGACUAUUUUUCGAAAUAUUCCAGAGUGGAUCAGACACUAUUCUCCUCAGUGGCUUAAGAAGAAAACUUCACAUGGAAGUAGAUGUAUAAGAUUUAUUUCACAAUUCAAAAUUCCAAGAUCCGACUGUGUACUUCCUAAAAACUGGCGUAAGGUUAACGAUCCCAAACUUUGCGGCAUUCGAGAUAAGGGUUUAGUUCUUGGAGUGUAUUAUAAUGAAAACGUAGUAGGAGAAGGUACUAUACUAACAGCGAGUGCUCAAAAAUUUGAUGAAAAAUGUAAAGACCCUGUUUAUGGAUAUGUAGCUGUAGCCGGAUUAGGUUCUGAAUGCUUAGCAUUUAACGAAUUAGAACAGUUACACGAAAGUAAAGAAGCUAUAAGAAUAGCCGCAGGAAUCGGAACACAGGCCUUGUAUAAAUUUAAACCUUCUGCAAUUCACGUUGAAUCAUUCGGAGAUGCUGAGGCAGCCGCAGAAGGAGCUUGUUUGGCAACAUGGAGGUUUCAAGAAUAUAGGAGUCCAAAAAGUGAAAAGGUUAUCCCAAAACCUAAGCUUCAACUUUUUGAUGACUGUGACUUUGAUGGUUGGAAAAUUGGUGAACUUAAAGCCGAGUCUCAAAAUUUAGCCCGCUUUCUGCAAGAAAUGCCCCCAAAUAUUUUAAACCCAACAAAAUUCGCAAAACUGGCAGUUGACUUACUUUGUGAACUGGAUAUUAACGUUGAAGUUAAGACUCAAGGUUGGGCAACCAGCCACGAAAUGGGUGGAUUCGUGGCCAUCGGGAAAUCAUCACUACAACCUCCACUUUAUGUAGAAAUAAGCUAUUACGGAGCUAAUGAACGUACAAGACCUAUAGUUUUGAUAGGAAAAGGAGUCACCUUUGACAGUGGAAGUGUGGACCUAAAAUCAUCAAGAGCACUGCGUCAUAUGAGAGGUGAUAUGGCAGGAGCAGCUUGCGUACUCGCUAUUACCCGAGCUGCAGCAAUACUUAAAUUGCCGGUCAAUAUUCGCGGUAUUUUGCCGUUAUGUGAAUUAAUGCCUAGUGGUAAAAGUCCUAAAUUCGGAGAUAUCGUAUCCAGCGCAAGUGGAAAAUCAAUACAUAUCAGACUUCCCUCGCGUGAAGGUCGCCUCUUGUUUGCAGAUAGCUUAGUGUACGCUAGAAAUUAUUGGCCUAAAAUGAUUUUAGAUAUAGGUACAAUGUCGAAGGAAUUAAUUUAUACGCUCGGUGGAGCUGCUUGCGGCUGUUACACAAACUCUGAGGAAUUAUUUUGUUAUGCAGAGUCAGCCAGCAGUCAAACUGGUGACAGGAUUUGGCGCAUGCCAUUAUGGAAAUUCUACGAAGAACGUUUAAAAGAUUGCCACGUUGCCGAUCUUGCCAACACAGCCACUAAUGAUUAUGGAGACUCUCCUAAUUGUGCAGCUUUUCUUAAGCAAUUUGUUUGUGAUAGUCAAUGGAUGCACUUCGAUACUUAUAACGUUUCCUAUACAGAAGGUCAUGAUUUUACCUAUCUUCAGAAAGGUAUGACCGGCCGUCCCACAAGAACUAUCAUUGAACUGAUGUAUCAAUUACUAGGUGAUGCGAAGUUGUAA